AUGCCUACCUACGAGUUCCAUUACAUCCUCCCCCUCACUGGUGCCCCUCGCUUCAUCGUGAACUGCCGCUUCGUCGAUAUCCGUGCCUCCAACCCCGAGGACUUUUGGGUUGGUGGCAGACAGCUCAAGACAAACAGGCUCCUGAUCACGCUGCGCAGUGGAACAGGACGAACGGCCGAACAGUAUGCUGGUAUUACCACCAAGUUGGUCUCCUUCUGGAACGAUUCCAUCAAGGAGGUUCAGGCCGGUCCGAAGGAAAAGGAACUGAAGGAUGUCUUCAUCAUGGGCUCAUACGACUCGGCCUUUGAGAGAGGCUUCUUCUUGCCAAUGCCCGGCAAGUUUGAGGAAUGGGUCGCUGGUAACGAAGCUGAGUUUCGGGCGCUGGCAUCUGAAGGAGACGAGAUUUUCCAGGGCCUGGUGGAGGAACUCGAAACGCGCCCAGAAUUCAAGGUCGUUAAUAAGGCUUAA